AUGGCUGCUACAUCUUAUUCAACAUUACCUUCUAGUACAUAUACUGAGUUUGGAUCUAAACAAGAUCCAUACCAUUCAACUAUUUACAGUACAUAUGAUGGAGGUUUUGGAUCAUUAACUUCACAUCCAUAUCAAUAUGAAACAAAUAGUUAUGGCACUGUUCCUGUUGAUAAUCAACAAACAAAAAUGAAUAGUUAUUCGAACUCACAAGUACCUAUAACUGAUUAUAGACCAAUAGAUACGAAUAAUAAUAAUACCGGAAGUAAUGGUAUGGCAAGUACUACGCAAACAUCAUAUAAAAAGAACAUAAAUAAUCAACAAGUGGAAUCUAAAAACCAUCAACAGAAUUCAUAUGCUGACACAACACAACAACGUCCACCAGUUUCAAUCGAUAAUCAGUAUCAGCGAUCUCAAACACAACUCAUUCGAUCAGAACAUCAAGUCUCAAAUCGUCUUCCUAAAGAACAACAACGGCAGCAACAGCAUAAAUCUCAGCCACCACUUCAAUCAAAUUUGACUCGAUCUGAGCAACAAAUGCCAAAAUCUCGUGCAUCACCUCCUAUUCCUCAUCAUUUGCCAUCGAAUGGUGAUAACAAUUAUGCAUCUGAAACAUCCCUGAAAACAACUAGUCUUCUACAAGAAUUAAAACCUACGAAAUCAAGUCAAAUGCGAGCUGCAGCUAUACAAAAAAAAGAAAAAACUCUCGAACAAAAACGUCAAGAUCGAUAUUUUCCAUCAAGUGAAAAUAAAACUACAUUAACAAAAUUAAAACCUCAACACGAAAGUCCUAAAAUAGAUCUUCAACAAACUAAAAAAGAAAAACCGACUCGUAACAAAAAACAAUCUCAUUCAUUACCAAAACAACGUCAAAGUCGUCGUGAUGGAAAUCAAACAGAAGAUAAUAAAAGUUCAGCUGAUGAUAAUACUAAUACACAUCAUCGAAGUAAAUCUCAAAAACGAGCAACGUUUUCUGAUACUCAUCUUGAUAAACAUUCACAUCUUCCUCCACUUCGUCAUGGUCGAAUGCCACCAUAUCACGAUCCUUAUAUGGAUUAUCCAUUACCUCCAGGACAUCCUCUAAGAGGACGAUAUCCACAUCACGAGGGAUUUCCACCUUAUGAUCCUUAUUAUGGUCCAUAUGGUCAUCAUCAUUUGUAUGGAGGUGCCGAUGAUAUUCCACCCUAUCUACCACCUUAUCAUGAUGCUUACGAUCCAUUUUUUGAUUAUGAAAAACGAAAAGUUAAACCAAAACGACAUACAGAGAAAACUGAAGCCCAUGGUGAUCAUGAAGAAAAUAAUGGUGGCACAACUGGAUAUGAAACUGAAGGAGAUGAUGGUGCUAAAAGUCGUUUAUCACGAAAAAGUCGAAAUAAAAAUAAACAUAAUGAUCAUGGUGGUCGAAAAAGUCGUCGUGAUGAGGAAGAAAAUAUGCAUCCACCUUGGCCGCCAGGAUAUUAUCCACCACAGUAUUAUAAUGGUCGUGACAUGAUGCUUGAAUAUUGGCGUCAAGAACGAAAUGAUUAUUUAAAAAGAAAAUUUAAACCAUCUAUUCAUGAUGUUCUUUAUUCUCAACAAUGGAUGAAAGCAGAUAGUUAUCUAGAAAAUCAACGAAGACGUGUUGUACGUGAUGCACAAGGUUAUUAUUUUCCAUAUAAGAAAUAUACAUUAAAAGACUAUAGAGAUUUACAAAAACUAAAUAAUCCAAAUCCAUUUGGUGACACUAAUGAAGCAGUUAUUGAUCGAAAAGAACGUGCGAAAAAGCGUCAAGAAUAUGGAUCAUUAGUUGAAAGACAAAUGGUAGAUAAUCCAGGAACGCGGCAUAUACCACCACGUGAAAUGGACGCUCGAGAACCAUGGCAUUUAAGUAACAGCGAUCAUGAUCCUGAAAAAUCGUCAAGAAGAGAACGAGCUCUUGAAUACGCUAAAGUGCAAGUAAGACAUCAACCGACCGAUUCAACAGGAGAUCAAUCUUAUAGAUCAGAUCCAAAUGAACGAUCUAUGAAUAAUCAUAUGCCAAACAAUAAUGAUGAUCGUGAUAGAUCAAAAAGAUCGGAAAAUUUAUCGAUAGCUGUUGAAGGUCUACCCGGUUUACGAGGACCACCAGGACCAACAGGUCUGCCUGGACCAAGGGGUCCACAAGGUUUAACAGGUCCUCCUGGUCGUGAUGGUUUUAUGGAACGUCCACCUUCAUUUUAUGCUGAAUUACGACGCUUAUUUAUUACAAAGAAUAGCGAUGCCAUACUACGACCAUGGGCAUUAAGUGAAACAGCAAAUGUGCCCGAUGCAUUUUCAUAUUUCUCACAAGAGAGUGGGAUAUUUACCGUUCCUACAGGUGGUCUUUAUCAUUUUUUUCUAACAAUAUCUGUUUCGAAAGCUAAGGCAUCAGUUUAUAUUACUCGAAAUGGAGAACGUAUACGAACAGUUUGGGUAGAAUCAGUUGCAAUAAUACAAAAUGAAACAGUAGCAUGGGGUUGGGCAAGUGGUUCAAUCGAUUGUCUUUUAUAUUGUCAAACUGGUGAUCAAAUAGCAGCUGUUGCUUCUUAUCGUUCAAAUGAAAAUUUCAAUUCUCAAGUAUACGGUUAUUCAUAUUCAACAUUCUCUGGAUAUAUGUUAUAUAAUACUUAG